CAUGCGUUUUAAAUCGCGGAAGUGAGGCGCUGUGUUGUGUUUGGAGCAGAAAGGAGCGCAGAGGUGCUUUUUGAGCGAAGCUUUUCAUUAAAAGAAUCAAACCUCGCAGAGGACGGAGCGCAGAUGGAGGACGACGCUCCCGUCAUUUACGGGCUCGAGUUUCAGGCUCGAGCUCUUACGGCGCAGACAGCUGAGACCGACGCUGUUCGCUUCCUCGUGGGCACGCAGUCACUCAAGUUUGACAACCAGAUCCACAUCAUUGACUUUGAUGAUGAGAAUAACAUCAUUAAUAAGAACGUCCUUCUGCACCAAGCUGGGGAGAUAUGGCACAUCGGCGCCAGUCCUGCAGAUAAGGCUGUGCUUACCACCUGCUAUAACAAAACCAGCGACAGCAGGGUGGUGUCCUGCGCAGCUGUGUGGCGGAUGCCCUCUGACUGGGAGACAGGAAGCCACGAGUCACCUGACGAAUCCGCCCACAACCCCCAAACCCUGGAGCUGCUCUGUCACCUAGACGACAGCACCCACGGCAACGCUGCCUGCGUGCUGUGGGAGCCCAUGGGGGACGGCAAGCGCGUGAUUUCAUUGGCUGAUAACCACGCGCUGCUCUGGGACCUGCAGGAGAGCUCCACACAGGCCACGGUCUCCAGCACCGCCACCCUUGAGGGUAAAGGUCAGCUGAAGUUCACCUCCGGCAAGUGGAGCCCCCACCACAACUGCAGCCAGCUCGCCACAGCCAACGACACGGCCAUACGAGGCUGGGACCUCCGCACCAUGAGUCAGAUCUACUGCAUAGAGAACGCCCACGGUCAGCUGGUGCGCGACCUGGACUUUAACCCAAACCGUCAGUACUACCUGGCCAGCUGCGGGGACGACUGCAAGGUCAAGUUCUGGGACGUUCGCAGCGUGCAGGAGCCCGUGAAGACGCUGGAGGAACACUCGCACUGGGUGUGGAGCGUCCGCUACAACCACAGCCACGACCAGCUGGUGUUGACGGCCAGCAGCGACAGCCGCCUCAUCCUCUCCAACAUGGUGUCCAUCUCCUCGGAGCCGUUUGGACACCUGGUGGAUGACGAGGAGCUCAGCGAGGGGGAGGAGCUUCACCAGGAGGACAAAUACAAACAGACGUUCGUGCCAUGAACACACGAGUCCAUAAAAGAAUUAAACACACGCGACACAGACAGGAACGCUCACGUCAUGUGACGACCUGCGUGAACGACGGCGGGAUGCAGAUUUCUCCAAUUCUGAAUAUGUUUAAGGUUCCAUGAAGGUUUGAGUCGAUGAAACCGGGAACGCUGAGGUUCACAGCUGAACGGUCGCGGGUUCGAACCUCGCAGGUCAACGGUGCCUCUCUCUGACUGGUGACGGCAGAUUUGCUCCUCCAGCGUUCAGAGCAGCGGCUCUGUUGCCACUCGUGGUGCUGAUGCUGCUGCUGCUGACCUGAUGACGCUUGUUUCUAUGGAUACCGCCCAUCAUUGUGUUGGAAACAUUAUCUAAGUCAACCUUUCAGUGAAAACAAGACAAAUGAAGCUGCCUCAUAUUUCACAGCUC